AUUCCCAAUACCGAUCCGUGUUGACUUGUAUAUUGCUUAUUUCAUUAGCAGCCUAGUAUAACGCAUCGCAAAAAACUUGGUGGUAUGAGGUCACCUGUGCUGUUGCUCAGCCCUGCAGGGCUAUCACCCUAUAGUGUAGAGGUUCAAUACCAUAGAAGUUGAUAAGGAGAAGGGGCUGAAGAUGCCCAAGGAGGCGGCACUCCCACAAAGUCCUGCCCACGAGCGGUGCUAGAGAGCAAGCUUCAAUGUACCUACUCUUCUUUGUUUCACGUCUGCGUGUGGAGGGCCGCACAAGGACACCCAUCAUUUAUCUUCGCUACAAGGCCGCAACGGAUGGGUGCGAGGACGUGGACUUCAAUGAGCAGCUGCUGAACGCAUUUUGUUUUCCUCUGGGUCCGGAAGCUGUCCAACCAAAAGAGGUUCAAGCAUCAGAGGAGUACACGUUUACGCUCACGCACGGCGAUGGCCAGCGUUUUACGGGCUUUUGCCGUCAAAUAUUUCCACCUGCGCCGCGGGUGGGAAGCAAGGCUCGGUACCCACAGGUGCUAUGCAUCGUUGCCGAGAACCCUUGGUGCAACUUCUUCUUCAAGGUGCUGCAAGUAGCGGAGCAGGUCCUAAAGGGCUAUGAUGGGCUCCUAGACACUGGGCAAAAGGAAUUGCCCUUGGAUUCCCAGCUGGGGUCCUUCUUGGUAGACCUGCGCAAGCAGUUGUCCACAAACCCUGCCCCGGGGGAGGUCCUGAGGGUGCUGGUGCCCAACCUGAACGUGCUGCAUGGCGUCAGUCCCCCUCGCUACAUGGGUUCCGGCACCGUGGGGGACUCCCUGAACUGGGCUGACGGCCGCAUCGAGCUGCAGGUCCCGCCGGACUGCGGUAACGGCCUGGUCAACUCGGGCAUUCCCCUGGCGCGGCUGCUCUUCCAUGUGAAGGUGGAGGGCAUGUUGACGCUCAUCGCGAGCUUGCUGCUGGAGCGGCGCAUUGUGUUUGUGGCGCGGUCGCGGGACACCGUUACUGCGGCCGUGCAGGCAGCGCAGGCAUUAAUAUACCCCUUCAAGUGGCACCACAUCUACCUGCCCAUCCUGCCUCGCGACCUGGUGGACUACCUGUCAGCGCCCAUGCCCUUCCUCGUGGGCCUUACCUCGGAGAUGCUGCCGUUCAUUCGCCACAUCCCCAUGUCGGAGGUGACCACCGUGGACCUGGACCUGCGGGAGGUGUCGCCGCCGCCCGGUGCCUCGUACGACGAUGGCCGGGCCUUGCCGUACGGCCGGCAGUUGGCGAGGGCAUUGGAGGCGGUGUUUAAGACCGUGCGCAGCCCAACGGAGUACGAGAGCAGCCCGGUGAUCACUGGCGUCAUGCAGGAGUACUUUGUGCGGCUCUUCGGCUCCUACCGCCGCUACAUCCACGACCAGGCGGCGGAGCCCUUGCUGCGGGCCGCAAACUGCGUGUCUGCAGCAGCCGGGCCUGCUCCAUGGAAAAGCGGCACAGGGGGCGGCAAGGAGGGCUGGCGUGGCAAUCGUGACGUGCGGGAGGGUCGCGGCGCGGUCAGCCACAGUACAUGCGGGGGCAGCGACAGCACGCUCUCUCCGUCGGUGCCACUGAGCUCCAAUCGGCUGCAUGAUGACAUGCUGCGGGGGCAUGGGCUGUUCUUUGACCAGCCGGCCUUUGUAGCGCACCGGCGCAGCGAGACCGUCCGCGCCUUCCUCAACGCCAUGCGCCACAGCCAGCUGUACCAGAUGUUCAUCCAGGAGCGGUUGCAGAUGGCGGCGUCGGGCGCCAUUGAGCUGCCCCCCAGCAACAGCCAGAGCUUCUCAUUCAGCACCUCCAGCACGGCCAGCGGCCCCCGCACGCGCGCUGGCAUGCUGAAGAGCAACAGCGCCCACAACUUGGCAACACUCGACAAGCUGGCUUCGCAGGGUGGUGGUGGUGGCGGCGGGGGCUCAGUCUCAGUCUCCCAGGCACAGGCAGCAGUCACUCAGCAGCAGCAAUCGCAGCAGCAGCAGUCGUUCCUGCAUGGCUUGGCGAGCGCCGGAGGGCGGGAGGUUUGUUGCUCCGGUAGCAAUGUGGGGCAGGACUUGGAAGCGGUGAUGGCUUCCUCGUCGAGCGUGCUGGACCCGUUUGAGCUGCGCGUACAGCGCUAUCCGGAGCACCGGCGUUUGCUGAAGGAGCAGCUGCGUAGCGCCAUUGCGGAGGGGGCGGCGCAUGGAGGAGGAGGCGGCAGCAAGCUGUCGAAUAGGCUUCGGCGGCAUCGGAGAACGGAUAGUGAGGAUUUGCAUUCGCAGCAGCAGCCGUUUGGGUCGAUGCAUGUGGCAGACAUCAUGCGCCGAAUCACGACGUACUCUGGGCUCGUUGACGUUUCCGUUGCAUCGCUUGACAACCCGGCAAGUUACUUUGCCGAGUGGGACAUGCACGAGGACGAUGAUGACGACUCCCCAAGCCCGAGUCCCAGUCCCAGAGACCGAGAGCACGGGCGCAGCGAGCACGGGCGCAGCGAGAGUGGCAACAGCCUUCAGUCCGCCGAAUCAGGCGAGGCAGCUGGGCCCAGCGGUGCUGUAUCACAAGCUCCCGCAGCGCCCGGCAGCCGCCCGGGCAGCGUAGCUGGCGGCGGAACAGGCCGGGACCAGCCCUGCCACGAUAACACGCCGCUGCGCCGCACGUCGGUCCCAAUCUUUCAGAACGCCGCUAAGUCGGCCUACAUGUCGUUGCGGGGAGCACCGUCGGGUGAUUCCCCAGGCGCUGCGGAGGGUCCGCCCGCACCAGCGGCGGCAGCUGGGCCUGCGGCUGUGUCAGCAGGCGGGGCGGGAGGGACGCGGCUGGGCGCGUUUGGGAGCGUGUUUGCAUCUGCGACUACCGAUGGCGGCGGGAACGCGGCCAGCGGAGCCUCCCGCUGCGGGGUGCAGGUUAAGACGCUACCCGACGGCCACCGAGUGUACGACGGCAGCUUCAAGGAUAUCAUGCGGCUUGCCGCAACGGAGGCCAAGAACGGCCUCUUGAACGGCUUGUCGGGCCUUACAUCGCCUCGUGGCUCACCCAGAGGGAGGGACAAGGAGGCUAACGCUGAUCGUCGCAUCCCGGCCCCAGUCCCGCAGCUGCAACAGCCGCAGCAGCAGCAGCGUCCAGCGCAGGGCGCCCUGCUAGGGGCAGCAGCGCAACGACAGGCGCAACAGUCUUUCCCCGGGACGCAGCCCUCCCAAGGCCAAGCCAUGUCGGGGAACGGUCCGGGUGUGGGGCAGCUGGGAACGGUCCCGUUGCCGGGUAUGCCACCCGCGCAUGCGCAAGUCGUUAAGUCCGAGGGCGGCUUUAGGACUGCUGGCGGCAGUGUGAGCAGUGCUGACGGGGGCGGUGUGGGCAGUCGCCCGGCAGCGCUUAGCACGCCUUCGGCUGGGGGUGCUCCCCGUGCCGACGACCCUCAUCAGCUACAACGCAAUGACCGCCUCUCCUCGUUCUUGUCGGGUCUGAAGGACAAGGUUGCCGGGGCGGGCAACAAGGCGCUAGGCAUAUUGCCGACGCCCACCUACAAGCCUCAGACCACAGGUGAGCGGGCUGCGAAGUUCAAGGCCCAGCUGACUGGCGGAGGCGGCGCAACCCUCCUAGCUGGCGCAGACGGCAAGCUUAAGCAGCCGCACGCACCGCAGCGGCCGCUCAGCUUGCAAACGCAGAUACCUGCAGGCGGUUUGAUACCGCCGCCACCCACGCCCCUCUGGAAACUGCACACGCCGUCCGCUUCUCCUGCUGCUCCGGCAACCCCUCCAGACGCCAUAGCGCUGUCCGCAGCGGCAUCCCCCGUCGCUGCUCGGCCGCAAGUCCGUGCACAGUCCUUUGACGGCUCGCAGACCAUGGCGACAUCCGUCCAAGGGCCAGGCAGUGCUGUCAACCAGCCAAAUGCAGGGGGAGAUGCGACGCCGGCGGCGGCGAUUGUGGGCGCAACGCCUGCCACGUGUUGGCGCGGCAGCGCCACGCACCUGCCCGUGCCGACGGACUGGGAUCCCUUUGGCGUGGGGUCAGCACCGCCGGCCAUCGACACGGUGUAUAGCGCGGGCGGAAACAACUGUGCUACCAUUGGCGCCAACGGUGUUGCUGCCACCACGACGACGACGUCACCUUUUGCUGUCGUGCCGUGUGGAGCGAGCGCCACUGCCGCUGGUGGUGUGGGCGUUGCGACCGGUCCUGGCAGUCCUGGCCUAGGGCCUGCGACAGACAUUGCGGACUUGCUGGGACUAUCGCAACCCGCUGUCACCGCAGGUACCGAAAGCAGCGCAACGGCGCUGCCCACGCUGCCAACGGGUUCAAGUGUUGCGUUUGACCCCUUUGUAGCCUGCGAACCGAUUGCUUCAACCUGUCCGCUGGAGUCUGCUGGAAGCAACGACUUUGCCGCAUUCACAUCAGCCACAAGCCCGCGAGACUUCCCUGGAGUAAUGCCCCUGGGGUCCGUGUCCUCUUUUGGCUAGACAUCAUCUCCAAGGCCGGAAUACAUACAGAGCAGGGUACUAGUGGGGUGCAGGGGCUUAGGCAUUCGAGGAUAUGGGUUUUGGGUUAUGCACCAAGGGGUUAGGAGGAUUUUCGUGAGCUGCCUUUUGACCUGUGACCGGCUGGCGAAUGGGCCACAGUGAUGUAUGGGCAAGGCAAGUAACCAAGGGACAACUUGUGCCGUUAUUCUUCAUAAAGCAUUGCCAUUUCGCGAUGCGUUUUGUUUGUGUUGUCUUAUUAUUCUGUUUUUUAUGUGACAUCAAUGGUGAGCGACAGGCAACUGACAACUUCGCGAUUGCUAGAAACUUGGGCAUGUGGGUCUUAGUUGCGAGCUGCACGGAAGACAGGUUUUGAGCAGGCUGUCCAGGCAAAGCAGGCUGAUAUAGUACUUAGCUGUUCCCUUUCAGGUUAGCUUGGGCUGCUUAUGUACGGGGUGUUUGCCGUAUGGUUGCCGCGGAUUACGGUACAUUGGAGGUUGGAGUUCAUCUUUAUUACAGUCUUGCAUCAUGCCCGACACGACUGCACCACUCUUAUGGCUCCUGGCCGCGGCAUCAGCUUGUGUUGGUCUGCUAGUCUCGAACACACCCUCAGCCUCUCAAGGCCCGCCCGGCUCUUACCCCCUUCCUUGGUGGCAAGACAUAGCAGCACAUUAUUCCUUGCGAGAUGGAGCGCAAGCAGCACCACCUUUCUCUGCCGAGAAUUGCUUAUCGUACUCACUGCAAGGGGAAGGCGCUCAUCAGCGUGUCAUCUAUGAACUUAUCUGUCCACCAAGCGUGGUUCGUGCAACCUCUACGGACGUUCAGCGAGCCGGCGAGGUUACAAUCCUCCAAAGACUGCCACCAGAAUUAUUUGUUGACCCAUAUGAGGUCGAACAUGCGUCAGGAGUAGUAUCAGGCAUCAUGCGGACAGCCCUGUUUGGGCCCGUGGACCUGGAGCAGCCGGCAACUGUUUGUGAGGAGACGGUGUUGGGUGUGACGCUGUUCAACGUAACGGAGCGUCCCACAAGGGUGGAAGGCAGCCGCGUGUAUCACUCUUUUGAGCUGCCCUUCCACACAAAGUACCCGGCUCCUGUGGACGGUGUAGAGGGCUGCACUAGCAGCUUCUUGGAUCGGUGGCUCAAAUUAGGCCCCAAGCGUCAAGUCAGUUGGCCCCAGCCGUUGCUGCUGCUGCGCACGGGGUUGCGCCGUGACAGUAACGACGACGACUUCGCUGAAGCCCCUGGUGGGCAUUGGGCGGGCGCUGAAGAGCUUCGCAUGGCCCAUACAGAAGAGCCACGGCGGCGGCAGCAGCAAACAAGACAGCAACACCCCGGGCGCACCGGAGGGGCGGCUCAGCAGUGGAGUGUCGUGCGGACGACUCAGGCCCAACCUGAGGUUGUAGCCCUUCCUGCAGGCUGCAUGCUGGACAUGAGCGUUGUGUCGAGCAUCACGCUUGUGGCGGCGUUGCUGUGUAGUGCGGUAAUGGUUGCGUCCGCCCUAUGGUGACGGUAGCGGCCGAGGUUGGUGCAAGUGAGGAUGCUGGCGCUGACGCAGUGCAUCAAAGAUGCUUAUGCCCGUAGUCUUUUCAUAAUGACCCAAAUGAGCACGUGCCGGCUAUCCCUCGAUGUUCGUCGUGCAUCGAGUCGCGCACGCGUCAACGUUCCGUACGGUUUCCCCUCUUCUUCAUCCCAUGGAAUGGCGUUUGGGUCGAAGGUCUUGGAACUGAGUAGGCCUUGUGUGCAGCAUCGUACCUGGGUACCUGUGAUGCGGGACUGUGAUGUAGCCUUAUUUACAUAACGCAUGAACUUAGUGCCUGAAGCAUAAGAUCACCGGCAAUAACCUGGGAACAGGGCACGUUGCCGUGUCCUAUCGUUUGUGCUUGGUAGGGCAUACUUUGUACAACAGGAGCAAGUAUACAGUGAUCCAUGCCCUACAGUGUAAACACUCAAUUCCUUGUGCCUCCUCGACCUGUGCCCCUGACGGCCAGCCUCUGUGACGGCUUGCCUACUUGGUCUCGCAGUGUGCCUUCCAGACAUA